UGCUCUCGAACGGCUAGACUGGGUAGUUACGGCUAGUGGUAUCCAAUGUGUACCCUUUUCCCGUUACACUCUCUGUAGUUUGCCUUCUUGACACACCUUUUGUUGUCUCGUCUAGCUAUCGUUGGCUAACCGUUGCUAGCUAGCGAGCAUCACCCGCCAGCGGUGAAUUGAAGUCAGGGCAAAACAGCUACUGAAGCCGAGGGAGCCGAGACUUGACGGCCGACACCCUGCCAGGAUGAGUGGUGAUGAAGUGAACCCAGCUGCAGUGGCAAAGCCAGUUGAGGAUUUGCAAGGAGAUGACCGGUGGAUGUCCCAGCACACAAGAUUUGUGCAGGAGUGUAAGGAUGCUGAACCAGAUGUACUUUUUGUGGGAGAUUCUAUGAUACAACUAAUGAGGCAGAAUGAGGUCUGGAGGGAGUUAUUCUCUCCACUUCAUGCGCUUAACUUUGGCAUUGGAGGGGACAACACCUGUAACGUGCUGUGGAGGCUGCAGAAUGGAGAGCUGGAUAACAUCCGUCCCAAGGUGGUGGUGCUGUGGGUAGGAACCAAUAACCACCCACACACAGCAGAGCAAGUUGCAGGAGGAAUUCAUGCUAUUGUGCAACUGCUCAUGUCCCGCAUACCCAAGGCCAAGAUAGUUGUUCUGGGAUUGUUGCCUCGAGGGGAGCGACCCAACCCUCUGAGGGAGAAAAACGCGGCGGUAAACGAGAUUCUGUCCGACUCACUGCCGCGGCUGGGCCGGGCUCAGCUCCUGGAUGUGAGCCGGGAGUUUGUUCACUCUGACGGCGCCAUCAGCCCGCAGGACAUGUUUGACUUCCUCCACCUGACGCAGACAGGUUACCGCACGCUGGCCAAGCCCCUCAGUGACCUGCUGCUGCAGAUCCUUGAGGAGAAGCCAGAGGAGCGGCCGGUGUCGCUGGUUUGACGGGCCGCGGCCCGGCAGCACAUUUAUCCAGAGGUAUGUCUCACCCGCUGCUGGGGGAGACAUGUCCCUGGUAUCUGGAGGAGGAAGGGCCCACUCAUAGGGUGGGGGGGAGGCACACCAAUGUGAGUGGGCCCUGAAGGGGUGUGGGAUCACAUACAUGAGCGGAGGGAUGGGUGUGGAGAGGGAGAGAGACCUCAAUACAGACGUACACACUGUGAAUGCAAAGGUUUACCAAUGUCAGGCUGCUCUGAAUUAUAGACGGAAAUACCGAGCUCACGCGGGACCUCAGGGGAACACACACUUCAAUUAGUCAAUACAAGUGUGUUUCCCUCUGAGAUGUGACCGAAAAAACAAUGACAUUUCCUCUUCUGUGAUUUGACUGCAAACAGGUGGCUGCGACCUUUAUGUUAACACAUAAGAAGUGCACUGCGCCACACACACACACACACACACACACACACAGAAAGAAAACGUUAAACAACAUUACACAAUGUUAUGAGUCUGUGUUCCCAACCCUAGGGUCAAGGCCCCCUAAGGUGGCACCAAAGAUGUCAAAAGAUAGUUUAGAGAUAAGAUGGGAAAUAUUCUCACCUCUGCGGCCAAAUUGAAACAAUCUGAGAAGUUAAAGUAACUCUUGGUGAGGCACAGUAGCCUCUAAAGGUCGCCUGGUCCAAAGGUCGGGAACCACUGUUAAUGUGCAGUUAUGUAUCGCAGUCAUUUAAAAUCACUCUCACUGUUAGGUGAUGUGCUUUAAUUAUCCAGUCAAGCAAACGUCAUAAAAAUUACACAUAUUGACUUUGAUAGUUUUGUCUUUAUGUUUAUCAUUUGAUUUACUCAGCAAGAGAAGAGCAGUCUAAAUGUUUACUUCUGAAUUGAGUAUGUCACUACAUCAAAGUAGAUUUGAACCUAUCAAUAUCAGAUAUAUCGGGGGAGAUGACUACUUCCCGACAAACACAUUCACUACGCCUCUGUCUUAAAUGAUUGAACAUCAGGUGAAAAUGAUGUUGUCAUAUUUACUCAGUAUUGAUGUAAGGCUAACCAAGGUUUCUGAAACGUCCUUGUUUAAAACGUGUGAUUACAUUUUACUUAUUAAUCUACUGUGACAUUUGAUGUCUUAAAAACUAGCGUUUGAAACGUUUUGUGUUGCCAAAACAAAGACCUGCCAGCUUUUGAACAUGUUUGAUCCUACCAUUUCAUUAGCUCGAUUUUAUUUGUCCCAAUAAAUCAGAAACUGAUGUGGAUUCUCGCUUCAGCUCCGGUCCAGGUGCAGGUUAUUCCAUAUGAAAACUCAGAUGGAUUUGGAAUAUCCCUCUCUGUAUCUCACACCAAUAUUAAAAUAUUAACAGUCCAACACUUGGACAGGCACAUGCUCUCUCUCCUUCUCCCUCCUAAAUAAAUGAAUAUUCAGUAUUUUCUUCAUUCUGCUUCUCACCUCCUCUUCUCUCCCAGUUGUAUUAUAGUGGACUCUCACCCCGGGCCCUGACAUUUGUAGUUACUGAAUAUUUUUAGGAAUAAAAAGUAGCCACAUGGUCAAGCUCCUGAACACGGCUAUACUGAUCAUUGUCGCGCCAAAUGCUUUUAAGCAAAUAUAAUUCUGGUUAAAAACAUGACGUCUGUUAGCUUCUGCUGUAGCCGCUUCUUCAUGAGUCAAAUGAUCCGAUGUUGCUGUCUUAAGCUCUGCACACCUGCGUGCUGUGUGAUUAUAUAAGUGGUGUAUGUGUGUGUGCCUUAAGUGUUCCUAGGGAUGGUUGUGUACAGUAUGUCUGGUACUGGAUUGUGUAAGUUGGACAUAUGAGUGUCUUAGAUGUGCCCCCCCCCCCCCCCCCUGCUGUAUAUAAGACAUGAAGCUUGAGGAAAUUAUGUUUGAAGGGGGUUCAGAUUGUGGGAGUCUGUGUUUGGUGCGAUGCAACAUGUGCACUGUUUUAGCUCAUGUCAUGUUGAGGUAAAGCAUUCCAAUAAAGAAAACAAGGAUCUGAUCAACA